UCCCGCUGGAGAUGUUUUAGUCCAUGCUGGUGACCUCACCAACCAUGGGAGCGCUGCUGAACUGCGUAAGACAAUGAGCUGGAUUGCUACAGCUGACUUUGAAGUCAAAAUCAUCAUCUGCGGUUCGUCUCCCUCCCGCCCAGACUGCCAAAUAUUGGGCCUCUAAGUACGGUCUUUGUUGUCCGAGAAGGCCACUCGUAGGGCUGAAGGAGACGGGGAAGUUCGACGGCCAAAGAAUACGUACUGAGUUCCGGUAAUCAUCAGGAAACCAUGAUAUCACACUAGACCCGGAUUUCUACGCUGAAUACGGGUCUAGCUUUCACGGCCAACAUCUAGAAGAUACCCAGAAGUGUCUGGAAAUGGUAACCCAAGCAUCACCGUCAAUAGUCUAUCUCAGGCACCAGUCAGCACUAAUCCGGUUGACCCGGCCUAACGGCCCAAAUACCAUCUUCAAGGUCUUUGGCUCUCCAUACUCCCAGUCACCUGGAAUUUGGGCGUAUGGAUACGAGUCUUCAGAUGCUGGUGCGCUUUGGAACAGCAUUCCAUUGGACACGGAUAUCACCGUGACCCAUACGCCGCCUUAUUCGCACUGCGAUAGCCGAGUUGAAGGCAUUUCAGUCGGAUGCACAGCCCUGCGGGGUGCAUUAAGCAAAGUUCGGCCAUCACUAGCAGUAUGUGGCCAUGUACACGAGUCGCGAGGCUCGGAGAGGGUGCGAUGGUAUUCUUCGCAGGCAUCGUCAUCACCAACGGUGGAUGUCCAAGAGCAUAAGGAUCCAGUUAUACUGCCUGCCCCGGGCAGUAAGAAGCAGAGCCUAGUCGAUCUCACGGGCAAGAAGGCACCCAAAAUCGAUAACAAUUAUUUUGCCGGCAACAACCUUCGAGCGCCAGCCAGUCAACUGUUCCGAUCAUCACAAAAGGCCCUGCUGUUACCGUCUUUUAAGUGGCCAUCUGAAGGAUUCCAAGGCUCUGAAGCCGAUCAAUCAACGUCAUCCUUCCGGCCUUUGUGCUUAGAGGAAGGACACACUGAGAAUGAAGACGGGUCUAAUCUAAGGCGACGCGAAACAUGUAUUGUCAAUGCGGCCAUCGUGGCAACCAGUUGGCCGCAUCGGGGUGGGAAACGGUUCCAUGCCCCUAUUGUGGUCGAUCUAGAACUACCGGUCUGGGAAGAGGAGAAGGGAGGAAAUGAACCCCACGGCUAGAAUGUGUAGCUCAUAUCGUCUGUCCUGAAUGGCCAGGUUAGCAUUGACUCCGACGAUUGGCUGUGCAAGGUGGAAUAUCUCUUGUCGUGCAGCAGGCAGCUUGAGCUUUGACCUGCGGUUUGACGUAUGGCCGACCGUUUCGGGUGGGAUGCAUCACUGGCUGCCUUGGAUUUGGGAGACACUUCAGCCAUGUUGAGCACUCCGCCCCAUACUGUUUUGAGUAUAUACACCGGCCUGGUUGGGACUGGUUGCCGGUCAUUGUAGAAGAGCGGGAAUAAGUUACGCUGUGAC